AUGCGCCCAAUCACUCGACUUCGACCACACCUUUUCGUGAGGCCUGUGGCAAACAGGGCUCUGCAGCUACAAACUAAAAGGCCACAAUGGCUGUCUACAUCAGCAAUUCGUCGCUGCUCCUGCGCUGACGCCGCCAACAAGGUCGAAUCCAUACCUCCUACCGACCACCGAGCUCUAGGAACUAGUCAAGAGCUCUUCACCUCCUCCGUCUAUAGUCCCGGGUCUCCUCUCUUCCUCCCUAAUGGCACACACGUUAUCAACAAGCUUAUCACUUUCCUCCGCACUCAAUACCUCCAGUACGGCUUUCGCGAGGUCCUAACGCCAUCUAUCUACAAGCGAUCGCUAUGGGAAGUGUCGGGUCAUUGGCAAAAUUACAAAGAUGACAUGUAUGAGGUGACAGGGCGCGGUGCGAGAGGUGAAACAGAGGGUGAAGUGGGAGAGGACGAGCCCUACGGACUCAAGCCAAUGAACUGUCCCGGCCACUGUCUACUCUUCAAAUCACAAAACCAUUCCUACCGCGAACUGCCCGUGCGCUACGCAGAUUUCAGUCCUCUUCACCGGAAUGAGGUUUCGGGUUCUUUAACGGGUCUCACACGUGUACGUCGAUUUCACCAGGACGACGGCCACAUUUUCUGCCGACCGCAGCAGAUCAAGUCGGAGAUUGCAUCGGCAUUGGGAUUUGUUGAGAUGGCCAUGAAGACCUUUGGACUAGGUCCUUACCGAUUGGUGCUUUCAACCCGACCCGAGACAGAUUAUAUUGGAACGUUGGAUAUGUGGGAUAAUGCGGAGAAUCAAUUGCGCCAGGCCUUGGACAGCACCGGUCGCGAAUGGGCGUUGAACGAAGGCGACGGUGCAUUUUACGGGCCCAAGAUUGAUAUCCAACUUCAGGACCAGGCGGGUAAAUUUCAUCAGUUGUCGACGAUUCAGCUGGAUAUGAACUUGCCCCAACGAUUUGGCCUGGAGUACCAGGUUGCGGAGGGUGAAGAGGACUAUAACCCAGCCACGCCAGGAGUUGCGACUCCUGUAUUAGUGCACCGAGCCAUAUUCGGCUCCCUGGAGAGAUUCCUGGCCUUGCUGAUGGAGGAGCACGGUGGCCACUGGCCAUUCUGGCUGUCUCCACGCCAGGGAAUCAUCCUGACGGUCAACCAGGAUGAUGCCGUUAUUCAGAAGGCACAAGAAGCGGCGGCCAAAUUCUCUGGCUUCCGAGUCCUCCAAAAUGAUAACACCGAGCCACCGCGUCCAUUAUCAUCACUUGAUUCCACUUUCCUGAUGGAUGUUGACACUAGCGCUCAGACCUUAGGCAAGAAGAUUCAGCGUGCCAAGCAAAUGAAGUAUAACCUUAUCUUCAUUCUUGGCUCGCGGGACCUGGCCGAUGGUGGAAUCACGGUCGACGUCACUGGACAGAUGCUGAGCAAGACUGAUGUGGGCGCAGAGCAAUUCCAGACUUUAAUCCAGUCCCAGCUGGGUGAAAAUGCUUUGCAGAAUCCUCGGGCCGUGAAGCUUAAGCUGGAUGAAGUGCAUCCAUUACUGGUUCAAUUCGAGAAGAACUUCCUUUGA